UUGUUCUUGUCAACUUGUCUUCAAGUAGCAAAAAAUAUUAAGAGGUUGCUGGAUCUUAUUUUAUUCUGCUUUUUCAGACUUAUUGGUUCUGCAUGAAAGUGGCUUUGGUAUAGAUUCCGAUGUUUGUGUUACUAAAUCAUACGCCCAUGCCAUGAAAAAUCUAUUUAAGGCACACCCUUUGUCAUAUAUGACCAGACAAAAAUGUUUCUGAUUUGUUAUCCAUUUGUGCGAUAUUUGUCUUUGCACUCGCAGCAGAUUCAUCAUGCUCAAUUGAUGGCUAUGCUUCCUUCUCGGGUUCUGCUGCCACCGAAUGUCGAAGAAGAUGAACCGAUUUAUGUUAACGCAAAGCAGUAUCAUGCUAUUCUCAGGAGAAGACAAUAUCGUGCAAAGCUCGAAGCUCAGAACAAACUCUUAAAAGUUCGAAAGCCAUAUCUGCACGAAUCUCGUCAUCUUCACGCGUUAAAACGAGCUAGAGCAAGGGGAGGGCAAUUUCUCAACACAAAGAAACUCCAACAAUCCAAGAGCAUUCCGACAGGAGACAUGCCCAGGUCUCCUCAGCAACAUUUGUCUGCAGACAUUCCAAGAACAGAAAGUCAUCGCCCGGGAAAUUUCAAAGAUGCUGCAUCGUCUACCCCUGGCACUGAUGUCACGAGUGCCUCUAACAGUGAUGAAAUGUUUCAGCAGCCGGAUUUCACGUUCUCUAUCUAUCCUCCUGAUCAUAUAGGUCAUGCUGGCCAUCAUCUUUCUGAUCUCUGCCGAUAG